GAGCACAGACAACGAUGUUUGACACCUGAGUGGACGCACAGCAUGGCCAACAACUCAACAAAUUCGAGUGACACGUGUGCAACUGGCGACAACCUGUGCAUCGUCCGGACUGAACAACAGGCGCUGAUUAUUGUACCGACGUUGCUUCUCUUGUUCACGCUGAUCACAGCGCUGCUCAUGAUCGUGAACACCUACCUGUCCCGUAAGCGGACCAGAACCACAGUCCCGGCCCGCUACAGCAGCUCGGUGCACAGGCGAGAACGCCGCCUGCAGGGCAUUGAUGCGCCCCCUGGUAUUGACCCUCUGGAGCAUGAGGAGCUUCCCAUGGCAGUCCAUAAAGCCCAGCAGCGCUCCCGCAAAGCAGUACCACAGGUGACCACAGGGGGACGUAUUGGUUCCUUCCAGCAGGUCACCGUGCUGCCCCAGACGCUGUCCAUCAAAACCAAUAAGAUGGUGGGUAUCUACAAGGCCCGCAUGGACAACAGGGACGUGGUGCUGAGGGUGCUCAAAGACACGGCAAACAGCGGCGAGAGGCGACGCUUCCUGGAUUUUGCCUCCUUUGUGUCAGGACUCGGGCGCCACCCCUUCAUCCCCGCUCUUUUGGGGGUCGUUACCGCCUCUUCGCCCCCGGUGAUGGUGAUGGAGGAGCUGCGCCACCGAGACCUGCUGGGCUUCCUGUGGAGAUGCAGACGGGGUGAGUCGGCAUGUGACAUGACGGAGAGGAUAGUCUUCACCAUGGCAACACAAGUGGCUUCUGCUCUGGAGUAUCUGCACGGUCAGCGCUGCGUUCAUGGCAACGUGGCAGCGCGAAGCGUGCUGGUGGGCGGCGACCUGACGGCCAAGCUGUGGGGUUUAGGCUCCGCCUACCACCGGCAAGCCCAGGUUGAUGUGGGCGGAGCCACGGAGCUGAAGAAGUGGCAGGCGCCGGAAGUGUUGACGCGCAGAGCGUUCAGUGCCAGCAGCGACGUGUGGUCCUUUGGGACGCUGCUCUAUGAAAUGGUCACGUUAGGUGAUCCACCGUUUGCCGAGCUGCCGACCACAGAGCUCCUGCAGCAGCUCCAGAGAGGGAGACGCCUCAAACGUCCGCCCAGCUGCUCCGGCUCACUCUUCGCCAUCAUCACGUCGUGCUGCCAUUGGAGCCCCCAGCGGCGCGUCUCCGUGGCGACACUCGUCGGGAAGCUCCAGGCGGGGCAGAGGUCGGCCAACGGGAGGACGGUCAUUCGAGUGUCCGAGCCCCUGGACACGGGGAAGUACCUGCGGGAGGCCGGAUACGGCGAGGCCUACAACUACGCUGUGCUGUGAUUGGCUGACAGUUUUAGACACUUUUAUACUUGUACAUAGUGUGGAUAGAAGAGGAAGAUCUCACAGCAGACUUCGACUGUAUAUGAAAUCCUAAAUAUAUUUAUUUAUCAUAAACUGUAGAAAAUCACAAAAUGUCACGGGAGGUCGAGGAGCUUCAGGAAUGAAAGCGUCACACUUUUUGUUUAAGUUCUUUUUUUAGCCCUACGCACCCUCCACCCCCUGCUACCUCGCCCCUGUACACAUUCCUCACAUUCCCCCCCGCCACUUUGGGGAGAAUGCUUCCAGGCUGACGUAUCCGGUCUGUGGGUGGCUGAGGAAGUGAUGAAACCGCUUGUAGACAGAAGCCCCGCCCCUAUUUGUGGCCUUCAGAAAUGUUUGCUAUCAGCACGCAGCACUUCUGCAGUCGGAUGGGCUUAACGGCCGCAUAAUUCUCAGGAAGCCGGAAACCAGACUGCUUCUCGAGAAACGCCGAACCGUCGUUUAUUGGCACUUUGACCCAUGUGGCCGAGGGUCCUGUCACAAUGACGCACUCUUAAUGACAAAAGCACACCUCCGCCAAGGCAGCACAUUGAUUAUCUCGCUCAUGAACACUUUAUAAUGGGACUGUCUGUGUAAGGAGAUUUUCUGUACAAUAGAUUGCAUUGUCUGCCAGAGAAUAAAAAG